AUGGAAAUUAAUUUUGCUUUUUAUCCUCCACCAACAUACAAAUUCGAUCGAGAAAGGCUUACUAUUGAAAAAUAUGAACAAGAACAACAAUUUCAUUUAGAAACUAUAGCAAAUAAAAAGAAUUCGACAACUUCUAAUUCCGAAAAAGAAAGUUCUUGUGAAGUUUUAAAUUCAAAAAUUGAUCAAAUUACUCCAAUUCCUUCUGGGGGCCUUGUAAAGAAUUCAUUUUCAUCGUCGUCUUCUCCAUCAUUUUUUAAUUUGGAAAAUAAUCAAAAAAUUGAAAGGAGAGUUGAAACAAAUAUUUUAUUACCUUUAAAAAUUCAAUCAAAUGAAGAACAACAACAAUCAGUACUUUUACAACCACAAAGGCCAAAUGACGAAAACCCUGUUUUAAAUAAAGAUUUAACAAAAAAUAACAAAAAUCAAAUAAUGGAUUGUUUGGAAGAAUUUGAAGUUCGGCGACCAGAUCUUUUUGAUAUGGUUGAAUUAAAAUCAAUUGAUGAUCGAUUAGAAUUGGCUAAAUUAAUGUUAACUGCCAAUAAUCAACAAUCACCAACUUGGUAUGUUUUUUUGGGAAUUUAA